AUGCCGACACUCGCACUGCUGGUGAUCCCUCACCUGCUGGGCCUGAUUCAAGCCGUCCAGAUCCCCGCUGAAAUGGAUGCGAUCCGCUCCCUGAGCUGUGCACACUACUAUUAUUUGAAUCCUGAACAAAAGAAUCAAGAAGAUGAUAAUGCUAUCGAUGCCACGAGCUGCUUGCGACCAGAGGUGGAACAGCAUUUUAGCAAAAUCGCCACCUUUGUCACAUUCUCAGUGGUGUUGGCCAACUUUGUAGGCAUGCUAAUCUGGGUUCGCCGCUUCGACCCAAAACGAAGACGUUCAAUGGCCGCUAAAGGUAUGUGUGGAUCAGCGCUAGCGCGUGUACCGUUUCUCGUCCUGCCUUUGUAUCAGUUCCCAUUCUUAGCACCACCCAAUGUUCUUUCGCUAUCGCCCAGCACUAUGCUUCUUGUAUUCUGGGCAUGCGCAGUCCUGGGUGGACUUAGUGGGACAAAUGAGCUUGUUAGCCUGACUGUCGAAUCGUUUAUCACCGACUCGUCGAGUCCGGAGGUGCGAUCACAACUCCUCCGAUACGCACAAGUUGCAACGCUGCUUGGCGCUAGUCUUGGGCCUUUACUUGGAUCUAUGUCGACGUGGAUCUUUCCUAAUGCACACAAUGCCUGCAUCGGCUACCGUACAUGUCAAAAAAAUAGGCUCGUGUUUGGACGGGCUGUCUUGUUCAAUAACGCACCUUACUGGCUUGCAUUUGGAAUCUCGCUCCUAGGUUGGACCUGGGUGUGGUUUGCUCUGGCGAGCUCUGGCACCGGCGACGGCCUUGGUCGCGAUGAUCUUGAUGAAACGUCGUCGCUUGCGGACUCGACCAGUGUUGAUUCAAGCACACGAGCUUCACGGAACCGACCCACGCGUCGUGAUACAGCCGAAUGGGGUGCAUCGCUCGGUGCUUUCCAGCGCCUCCUUCCUGUUCGAAUGUCACGUUGGUCAUAUGAUACACGUAUCCUACAGUUCACUGCGGCUGAUAUGUGUAUUGCUCUGACACAAGAAGGCCCCGUCGCGCUCAUUUUCGUUCUAGGCUUUGUUUUUCGUUGGAGUCGCGAUGCACUUUCCGUGGGACUUGCUGUAUUUAAUUCUCUUCGUCUUGUUCACAUGGCCAUUCUCCUGCCCAUCGUGCUUCAUCGUAUCGUGUGGCAGGGUUCGAAGCCAGCACCUAUCUCAGAGCUCACGCCCAAGCAACUUGAUGCAUGUUUUUCGGUCACAAAAGAAGCAUUCGAUCGUCCACGCCGACGCCGUGACUCUUUCGACAGCAUCGCAAGUCUUCAACACAUCCUGGACCAUGUGUCAUCGGAGCAGUAUGAACUGGCGCGCUUGUGGCGCGCUCAAGUUGACCUGCAUGCAUCGCGUAUUUCGUUCUUCAUCAAUGCAACCUCUUGGAUGACUAUCUUCGCUGGUGUCUAUCUCACAAAGCAGUGGCUCCUGAUGGCUGGUGCGACUGCCCUUGCAUUUGGCUGCGGAGCGCAGUUUCUUCUCCGCAGCGCUGCCUGUACGAUUUGCGAUUCCAUUGUCGACAAACGGGCUGAGUCGCUCCAAUUGCAUCUUCCCACAUCGAACACGCACACUGAUGCCCAUUCACCGACGCUAUCACCGACUGGUCCAGUUGCCUCCUCGGCUACGUCGAGACCGAAACCACUUCCAAGCGGGUCCGACAGCUAUUUGGUGAUCUCGUCAACCCUUAUGCUUCCAUGUCUCUUGCUCGGCCUAUGCCUUCGCAAUGAAAUUUACACAAGGACUCUGGCAACGAACCCUGGUGCAUUUUUCAUCGUUAUCGCUGGCAUUGAAACGCUUGGGCUCUUAGCCUUGUGUCCGAUUCAAUCCGCCUCCAUCACAACCUCCUCGACGUUUGUAUAG